GUAACUCGAGGUAAAGUUGGUUAGUUGCAGUUUCAGAUAUAUACCAAACGCCUCGAUAAAACGUACUUUUAUUUAUUAAAUUUAUUUGUUCUUAAAAAACGCUGGUUUUUCUUUUGUUUUUUUCUUAAAUUAUUAUUAUUUAUGAAUGUGAGAUUAAUGCGACCGUAAAUCAUACUUUUUGACUAUUUAGUAACAAUUUUUCGGUUAUACUGUGGAAUCAGUGUUAAUUUAAACAGAAGACUCUUUCAGUGCAGAUCGGUGAAAAUUGUGGAAACUUUAAAUAUUUUUUUCGUUGAUGAACCGAUAAACGUUAUAUUUUAUUGAUCUAACGUUAUAAAAUGUGAACAGUUAAGCGAAAUGUAAAUUGUAUAGUUUGUGAAUGCAUUAAAAUGACCAUAAAAUACAAGCUUAUAGAACGUUUUUAAAUCAUCGCAUCAUAACCACCUUGACCUAGCGAUAACUAGAGUGUUUCUGAUUAUAAUUGUGUCAUGACUAAGAGCAUGUUUUAAAGCGAACAAGUCAAGAACUUUACUUUAUUUGCUGCUUAAGACGAUAAUGUAACCGUUUAGGAAAUAUUUUCCACGGAUAUUUUAAAAAGUAAUACAGCGCGACUUCAAACAAAACAAUAUGGGCAAGUGGGGGCCGCAGGUCAGUUCGUCGAAAGACGAUUCGGAACCACCUUCACCAACAUUGCCCAGAACGUUCACGCGACAAUCGAGUCUAACCAAAAUUGGAUUUAUGUUCAAUUCAGCACUGAAUAGCUCCAAGAAUAAGUAUCAAGGAAAUGGCGAUAAAUCGUGGUGUUUUUCACAAAUAAAAGGAGCUUUAGACGAUGAUGUUACGGAUGCCGAUAUUAUUUCUUGCGUUGAAUUUAAUCAUGAUGGUGAAUUGUUAGCAACCGGUGAUAAGGGCGGGCGGGUUGUAAUAUUCCAAAGAGAUCCUGCCUCCAAAGUAGCGGUACCGAAACGCGGCGAAUACAAUGUCUAUUCAACGUUUCAGUCACAUGAACCUGAAUUCGACUACUUAAAAUCAUUAGAAAUUGAAGAAAAAAUUAAUAAAAUCCGAUGGCUGAAGCGAAAGAACCAGGCGCACUUCCUUCUAUCGACCAACGACAAAACUAUUAAAUUAUGGAAAGUGUCCGAGCGCGACAAAAAAGUGGAGGGCUACAAUACGAAAGAGGAAAAUGGCAUUGUACGCGAUCCAAAUCAAAUAACUGCAUUACGUGUUCCUGCAAUAAAACCAAUGGACUUAAUGGUUGAAGCAUCACCACGACGAAUAUUCGCCAAUGCACAUACGUAUCACAUCAAUUCAAUUUCGGUGAAUUCCGAUCAAGAAACAUAUUUGUCCGCUGAUGAUUUGCGUAUUAAUUUGUGGAACUUGGAAGUGACAGAUCAGAGUUUCAAUAUCGUUGAUAUUAAACCAACAAAUAUGGAGGAACUGACGGAAGUGAUUACGGCUGCUGAAUUCCAUCCGACCGAAUGCAAUUUGUUUGUCUAUUCGAGCAGCAAGGGUACAAUUCGUUUAUGUGACAUGAGAUCGUCGGCGUUGUGCGAUCGGCAUGCCAAGCAAUUCGAAGAACCGGAGGAUCCAACAAAUCGAAGCUUUUUCAGCGAAAUUAUCAGUUCAAUUAGUGAUGUAAAAUUGAGCAAUUCGGGACGUUACAUGAUUUCUAGAGAUUAUUUAAGCAUUAAAGUGUGGGAUUUACAAAUGGAUUCGACACCAAUUGAAACCUAUCCGGUACAUGAAUACUUACGGUCGAAGCUGUGUUCCCUGUAUGAAAACGAUUGUAUAUUUGAUAAAUUCGAAUGCUGCUGGAACGGUAGCGAUACAUCUGUAAUGACUGGUAGCUACAAUAAUUUCUUCCGUGUUUUUGACCGAAACACAAUCAGAGAGCUAACACUCGAAGCAUCACGGGAAAUCAUUAAGCCAAAAAUGGUAUUAAAACCGCGCAAAGUCUGUACUGGCGGCAAACGAAAAAAAGAUGAGAUCAGUGUUGAUUGCUUGGACUUUAAUAAGAAAAUUCUGCACACGGCCUGGCAUCCAUUAGAAAAUAUAAUUGCUGUCGCAGCGACUAAUAACUUAUUUAUAUUUCAGGAUAAAUUUUAGCCCUAGGCCCCAUACAACUACACCACCACCACCCACAAGUCUAUAUAUAUAUAUAACGUUUCUUUCCGAUUUAUUCAAAACAAAAAAAAACAAAAAACAAAAUGUCCUCUCUACAAAAGAAUUACUUGUUUUUCACUUUUUUUUUUCAUUUUGUCGUAAACAUAUUUCUUUCCAUUUAUAAUUUUGCUUGAAAAUAAAAACGAAAAAAAAAAUUUUUUUUUUACAAAAAUUGCAACACAAAAUCACUUCAAUUUCAUGGCUUCGGAAGAGAGAAAAAAAAGAGAGAAUUGUUUUUAUGACGAUGAAGAAUACGAGAGAAAACAAAAAGACACUCGAGUGAGAGGAGGUGUGGAUACAUCUGAAUAUUUCCACGAUUAAAUUUUUUUUUUAGAAGAACGUGAAUCGGCAAACGCUCAUUAAUCAAUAAUAUUGAAAUACAAAAAUAAAACAAAACAAAAAAAAAACGGAAGAAAAGAAGAGGAGGGACUGGA